UAUGGCCGCAAGAACAGGAAGUAGUUGGUUUGUAGACUAAAUAGACACGUUGUUAGGCUGUUUUGUGUUUUAUGUCAUGAUUUUGACAUCUGUAAAUGCUAAAGAAAGCAUUCUCGAUGAGUCUGCCAUCAAAUGAAGAGGAACUAGAUAUGAUAUCGGCCAGCUACCCGUCGUCUGUGCAAGAAUGGAUGAAAGCCAUUCGUCGUCCCACGCCGUACAGAGUGGGCAAUGCCAAACUGCAUUUGAAAACGAGAACUGUACUUUACACAGCCUUGUUUACCGGGGCUAUACUUAUUCUCUUCAUUAUGUUUAUACCACGGACAUCGAAUAUAGCAUGCAAUGACUCGAUGGUGGAUUACACUCACUUAUUGUUAGGUGUACCUUUUAACAACACGUAUCCAUUAACAAAACCUACAAAGGUCCAAGGAGGGUUCAUGUACAAAAUUGGUCUUAUUACAGAUCUAGAUACAAAUUCCAAAAGUCAUGAGAAGAAAAACAUUUGGAUUAGUUAUUUUAGAACUGGAAAUCUGACAAUUUCGGAUGAUAAUAAGAAACUAUUAUGUAAUUUGGAACAGCCUAUUGUUCUCAGUUCCUCGCUGUCUCAAGGUGGUAGGGGUAUGGAGUUGUCGGACCUUGUUGUUUUCAAUGGUAAACUAUAUUCCAUUGAUGACAGGACAGGUGUUGUUUAUGAAAUUCUUAAUGGCAUGGCAAUUCCAUGGGUAGUACUUCCUGAUGGCAAUGGAAAACAUAACAAGGGUUUCAAAAGUGAGUGGGCGACAGUGAAGGAUCAGAGGUUAUAUAUUGGUGGUUUAGGUAAAGAAUGGACAUCAGUGACAGGGGAGGUAAUCAACCUUGAUCCUCAGUGGGUCAAGUCGGUCGGCCAGUUUGGUGAUGUUCGACAUUAUGACUGGCACAAUAAGUACAAUGUUCUGAGGAAGAAAACAGGAACCCUCUCACCAGGCUAUAUGAUUCAUGAAUCUGGCGUUUGGAGUGAUGUCCAUCAGAAAUGGUUUUUCCUUCCUCGCCGAGCCAGUGAGCAUAAGUACGAUGAAGUUUUAGAUGAAAAACGUGGGACGAAUUUGUUAAUUACGGCAGACAAGUAUUUUAAAGACAUUCAUGUCACCCACAUUGGGGUGGCCACCCCAACCCGUGGAUUCUCCUCAUUCAAGUUUGUGCCUGGUACCAGGGACACAGUUAUUAUUGCUUUAAAAUCAGAAGAGAAUGCAGGAAAAAUUGCAUCCUACAUGUUGGCAUUUACUAUACAGGGAGAUAUUAUUAUGCCUGAAAAACUAAUUGGUAAUGUUAAAUAUGAAGGGAUUGAAUUUAUUUGAUCUAAGCACAUUUAACAACUCUGCUGAUUUAGUCUGUACUUAUGGUGUCAGAAAUGUGAGAUUAAUUUUCUCAUAUUAUCAUACAGUGAUAUCUUCCAUGUUGAGCAAAUCUAAAGGUGAGGAUAAUGAAACUUUCUUAGACACCUGUUUGAGAAUAACGCCUAAUGAGAUUUAUGGUAUCCAGGGCUAGCUCUGGCACUCACCAAAUUCGCCAAUUGCGACUUUUGAAAUCGGUAGGUGAAUUUUAUUUUAGUUUGGCAAAAUAAUUUCAUGUAAUAAUUGACAUUUUUUAGAAAAUAACUGACAAUUUUGACAAUUUUUGAAGUUUAAUAGACAAUUUGGCAAAUUGUUUUGCUCACCCCGAGCUAGCCCUGGGAUCACAAAGCGAUCUUCCAUGGAGGUGGGAGACCGAGUUAAAGACAUCUGAAAUAGAUAGCAAAGCCAGUCAAAUUAUUACUGUAACAGAUUAUUCUAUGACAGUUAAUCUUGCAAGUGCCAUAAAUACUUAAAAUAGGAUUGGGUUGGUAUAGAUGUUAAAAUUGUUUUUCAACCUUUUUGUUUUGUUUUGGUUCUUGAGGAUAAUUUAGAAAUGGAAAACUUCACUUAUGUCCAUUAGAUACCAUUUUUCUUAGAGCUUGUUAUUAGAUCUCCAAUUGCCUAGUAGCCACGACUUGUUGUAAUUGUUAGUCGUAGAAUUUUGAGUUAGGUCAUGGAAAAUUAGGGAAAUGAUGAUUAUUUCCACGCACACACACACACACACACACCUUCACACCCCAUCUGAAACAGACACAAUAAGAGAUCAGCAAUUCACGAUGAAAUAUUGGAAUACAUGCAGAUUAUGUUGAUGACUUAAGAAAAAUUAUUUAAAAUCCAUUUGAGAAAGUAUAGAUAUUAAAAACAUGUAUCACCAUUCAUUUCACAGUGUACAUAUCUAACCUGUUCUAUAGUUUAAAUCUUAAUACAACUGAAAGUUGUUGCAAGAUCAGUUUGCAAUGGCAUUUUUUAUUAUUAUAGGGUAUUGUGUACAUGCAAGUAGCUCGAGUGGUGUAAGUAGACCACAGAUACCUGCAAUUGAGUUUCAUACAACUUCACAUAAUGAAUCUGGACUGUUUGGUCCUGUUUGUGGUGCAGUAUUUACGUACUCUGGUCAAGUACAUGUUUUACUCACUUGUAAUAUUAUUUUUGCCUCUUUUGCCACUCAGUAUUGCUCAACAGACGUGUCAAAUAUCGUGCUCAUACUGUUAAAAGUGUGAACAGUUGGCAUUUAUGGUCAUUUUUUGUUUUGUGGAUCUGUAAAUAUUUCCACAAAUUUAAUAAAUUAACAUUGAAUAAUUCACUAUGCAUAAUUAUAUCUCUUUAAAGGUUUUAUGUAUUUACAAACACUGCUAUUUACAGAACACUUUUAUUAAAGGUAGACUAAACUCCAACAAGAGCCUUAUGUGUUGGAAAGAUGCAUACCCGGACCACCAACACAUACUGACACUUUAACAAAUGAAAAACGCGUACUUUUAGAAUUAAUAAAAAACC